AAAAAAAAAUCAUAUAUUUUCUUUGGCAGUUUGAAAAGGACUAUUAUGCCCUCUGUGUGCCCACUUAUUUUCCGACAAUAUUUAUUCGACAGCCUCAUUUCAAUUCUUCACAAAACCCUAAAUCCCUAAAAAAGCCGAUCCCAAAAUUCAACCCCAAAAAACCCCGAUCUCAGGCCCUAAAUCGGUAACAUACAAUCUCUCUCCAUCCCAACUUUCAGUGCAAUUAAAGUAAAUCAUGGGCAUAAUAAAAAGCAGUUUUUCGUUCAUCGUAGGCACAGUUUGUGGGAUUUACAUUGCCCAAAACUACAACGUUCCCAACAUCAAGAAGCUGACUGACACCGCCUUCUUCAUGGCCAAGCAUGUCGAAGAGAAGUACCGAAAGCCCAAGAACAGGGAUGACGAUUAGCUGCUAUACUCCGCCUUUUGAGGAACCAAUAGAAUCAACAGUUGGAAUCUUAUGUUCAGUGUGAAUUUGGGUUGUUCAUUGUUGUGGGAAUGAAUGCAACAGUCCUCAAAAAAGCCUCGAGGCCGCCCUUAUUUGGUUAUUCACAAGGGCUUUUGUUCUUUUCACAUCUUGAGAAAUGAAAAUAUACCAUUAACUUGGCUUCAAAAUAAUGGCACGCUUUGCACAGUUAACUAUUUUGUUGAAUGAUGGAUGUAUCUUGAGUUUGCAUAUGGAAUUUAUGCAAGUCUUAGUACACUGUUAUAUCAGUUAGAUUUUAGUCCAUAGUCAGUGAUAAUACUCUGGUGAGUUUUUCAAUGAUUAUGAAUUCGGAGUGUAUGACAUUUAAAAUCAGCUGUAAGCUACGUUAACCCUUUUGACUUAACAUUAGCCCCUUGUGAUUCUGAGAUGGGUUUCCCUUUUAGGCCUUGCUUUAAUGAAAGGAAGAUACUUACCUUCUUAACUUUGUUUGAUGUUAAUGGUGUGUGUUUCCUACACCUGCAGCUUGGUGGUUAAUCCUGUGCCUUAAUAUGGCUUAGAAUUUUUGUUUUGGAAAUUUUUAGAUUUAGCAAAUUGCUUAUCCUGAUUCAAGUGAAUUAUGGUGUGGAAUUGGUUUGGAAUGCAUUUUGAGGCCUUUUUGGUGCGUUGCUCACUCCAGACUGUCCUAGUCUUAAGUUCUGUGCCAUGAAGGUCAUGUAUAGCUCCAAGUUGUAGUGGUCAUAUGUUUUAGGGAAGAAGAAUUUAUAUUAUCCAGUGCCGGCAUUGUCCCUAGGUUAAGUAUAGCUUCCAAGCCUUCUUCCAGCUAUAGUCACAAUUUGCAGAUAGACUGGGCAAUUUGAUUGCUACUUGAAUCUUUCUUGUAUAUCUCAAGUCAGAUUUUGGUCAUACUCUUCUUAAUCUGUUUUUAAUGAAGAACGCAGAAAUUAAAAGGUUUUAAUGAAAUGAUUGAUCAAAUUUAUACUAGUCUACUCUCUUCAUCCGGCUGCCCAAACUAUUUGCUGAAAAUAUUGCCCAAAGAAAAAAAAAAAACUAUUUGCUGGAAAUCAAGUGCUGCCA